AUGCACAAUGUCGAGGCAGGCAAGAGACUAUUUGUUCAUCGCCGUUCUAAAAUUCACCUCCAUACCAGGACUACGAUACAAAUUUCAUCCAAUAGCGAGUGGCCAGAUGCUCCUCUGGGCUCUUUUUCUUUGCAAGAUGCUUUGCUCUCAUGGUUUCCGCGAUCUAGAAAUCUUCCUUUGCUGCUUCGCGCUUCUUUCUCAGAGGAUCUCGAUCCCAGACUAAUCACUAGCAAAUGUUCUCUCCUUGCAGAUCACAUUGCAGAAACUGAGCUGUGGAAACAGCUCGGAUACGAGGUUUCGCAUGUGCAACUCGAUGGUGAACAGGUUACCGCCUCCGAGAGGAUCAUGGAUAUGGAGUUCUCCUUGAAGUCGGUCGCUGAUCACGGCCCAUCUGCUCUCUGUCCUGAAGGUAUCUCGUCAAUAUCUGUUCAACUUGUCCGUUUGCAUCUGCAUUUCAUGAGCGCGGACGAUACCAAUGUUGGUCCCAGGAUCAAGGAUCACGCGGUCGGUGUCAGAGACGACCACCAGUGUUUUAAAACGCCUUUAUCGCCCUCCAUUGACACGGCAGAAGAAUUCCCAUUGCCUACUGACCUUGAAGUUGGCCAGCAACGCAGACUUGUUCAUAAAGCUGAGAGCCAAAAUGGCAUGCACGCGCUUGCAACAUCACUGGGUGAAGUCCGCCUAAAGCAGAAGCCUCGAAAGAUGCUGCUAUUGGAGGAAGAAGCCUUCCUAGCAUUACUCGAUAUUGGAGUCCGCAGCAGUAUAGCAUCUCGACCGACUAAAACUCCACCAGGGAUCAAAAGUCUCACUGAGCCGGAAUUGAUUUCAUUGUCUGACGUCUGCCCUUCCAAUUUUGCUCGGGAAUAUGCCCAAAGAUUUGACGAGCAGUCUCGAUACAUUCCAGCUGUUUCCAAAUGGCUAGCUUCUUUCUCCCAACGGUCAAUGCUCAAUGGACAUGGCAGCACUGGGCCACACUUGGAGGAGAACCUUUGGAGGACUGUUGCCAAUGGCGUUCGAGAUCCCCAAUGUGCCCGCAGACUGCAGCCUUUGUGGUCCGGGUCCUCCAGGAAGGGCCAUGAUUCUACCAAAAGAGCAAGACACAAAGACAUUGCAUGUCUCACGGCGACGUUGGAAGAUAGAAGGAUAUCCAACAAUCGUGUUAAUCCCGCUCAAGGGGAGGAUCUGGCCUAUGGAGACGUUGACAACGAGGAUCUAUUUGACUUCGAUGCGGACUUCAAUCAACAGGCCAAAUACUGUACAAGAUAUACCCACAAAAUCACAUCAGGAGGUGUCAAUGGCCGCCAGAGUCCAACAAUAUCUGACCUCUGCAACGUGGAUGGUGGUUCCGACGGGCAUGAACCAGUUGAUAUCAAGAACUCGUCCUUUGGAACCGGCGACUCAGCUGUACCACACCACCAAUAUAGGAGCCACGCAGCUAGUCCAUCACAAAUAAGUGAUGUGUCAAUGCUCUUGCUUCUGAAUGGACCUAUGGAAGGAAGGCGUAUAAUCGAGGACUCAAACGUUAUUGGUGAGUCGAGCUGGCUUACUCAGAAUGUCAUCCGCACGCAUCCGCUGAGGCAGCAUGAGCGACGAGAUUACUUGGUGGAGGAAGUUGACCAUGACCAUGGUGGGAAAGGGCUUGGGCCGUAUGGAAAAGACCAUGCCGGUUGGUCAGAACAUAAACUGGAUGCCCUGUCACUUGGGAAGGAGGAGUGGCUCCCUCGUCCACAUACAUUAUCCCAAGCAGCCCGCGCAAAAUCCUAUCCCAACAACCUCUGCGACACAGAUCUACUUCAAGUUUAUCACGACCUAAGACACAACCCGAGCGAGAACAUCCUUUCUGAGUACUGUCCAGUAUCCAUGUCUGGAGACCUCAAGCAGAGCCCAUCAAAUACCUCGUUGGCCGACGUGCUAGGUAACGACCAUCUGUUGUGGCACAUGUGGAAGAGACGUGCCAGUGUCGCUCCUUGGGGAGAAGAAGAUGUGCUCGACAUGAAAAUGAUGUACCAAACAGACCCAGAUAUGAAGCUGUUUGGCCAAGGGUGUGAUCUUGAUCCGAGUGAUAUCAGUUCUAGCAGCAACGAGGACCCGAUGCUCUAUGAUGCCGUGGUCAACCACUUAGCACCUCGAGAAAAGCACAAUACUCCGAUGAUGACACCAUCAGAUAGACGGUCAUAUUUCUCCACUACUCGUUCAUCGUCAUCAUCCGCAUCGUCGUCCUCGUAUAUUGGACGAUCGAAUUCCGAUCCAAAGCCACAGCGUCGAGGGAGUAUCAUGAAGCGGUUUUCUUGGGGUGGUCGACAUCAUACAUCAGAUAUGGGUGAGCUUGAUAUGACCAACCUGAAUGGUCGGCCAAUGGAAGUCAAGAGGAGGAAGACACUGAAUGAUUAUGAGAUGAGGGACAGGGAAGCAUUGGAAGAUGAUUCGAACGAAAUGCUCUUUUGAUUGAGCUGCUAUGAGCACUUUGACGGCGUUUGGGAGAUAUCAUGCAUCUCGUCAUGCACGCAGGCGUUAUAAUAUUGGCAGGGAAUUGGG